AUGAGUGCUGCUUGUCUAGCUUCGUGGGUUGUUACGGCGUGCAUCGUUGCCUCAGUAUGCAGCGUGGUGUUGUCUGCACACACGAUGUGGUCGCAGCUGAUAAAUUACCGGAAACCGCAGCAGCAGCGGCUUGUGUUGCGCAUUCAGCUGAUGGUACCGAUAUUUAGCCUUACAUGCUUCAUCGCGGUGGUCAAGCCCGACAUAGCGAUGGUGCUGAUAGAUCCUGUGCGGGAAAUAUACGAAAGUUUCGUCAUCUACACGUUUUUCAGUUUGUUGACGUUGCUACUCGGGGGUGAGCGGAAUAUCUUGGUGAACCUUGCGCCGGAGCAGAAAAGGAUCCAGCACCCGAUUCCCGUUGUGGGACGUUGGGUGUUGCCCAUGGUCGAUAUGGCCGACCCCAAGGCGUUUUUGGCUGUGAAGCGGGGCAUUCUACAGUACGUGUGGUUCAAGCCGGUGUACUGCUUGGGGAUGUCUGCGUUCCAGGUGUUGGAGUGGGAUCUGGGAUGUAAGUGGUUGACGCUUGUAUACAACGCGAGCGCGUCAUGGUCGCUCUAUAACUUGGCGCUCUUCUGGAAGUGCUUGUACAACGAGUUGCGCAAGUACAACCCAUGGCCUAAAUUCUUAUGUGUUAAGUUGAUCAUUUUUGCAUCCUACUGGCAGGGUAUGGUUAUCACGCUUCUCCACUACCUGAACGUGAUUCAGGACUGCGAGGGCACGAACAUGGGCUACGUGUACCACAAUGUGGCGCUCUGUUUGGAGAUGGUAGCCUUUGCGUUGGCACACCGCUGGGCCUUUUCGUGGACCGAGUACAGCGCGCAGAAUAUCCCGCUAGGUGCGCGAAUGCAUUUCUGGUAUGCGGUGCGAGACUGGCUCGGCUGGAAGGACUUGAUCUGGGAUUUUAGGACUACGUUUAUUGGAAGCGACUAUACUUACCGCAAUUUUGAUGCCGCAAACACGAAUCCCGAGGGACGCAUCAAGAGGAUCAACGACGGUCUUCGGUACACGAACUGCGGGGCUGAGAGACACUGGAUCAAUGACAAACAGCCGCGUUACGGGUCCAUGGACGAAGACUCCUGGGUUGAUCUUGCCUCUGAGCUCCCAAUAUAUGUCCCGGAGGAUCAGAACUACCCAGUCGUCUGGGAUGCGCGGUCGUACAGGUAUACCCGCGGCAUUCGCCAGCUCCGGGAGAACAUUAUCAGAGAACGCACUUCGUCUGCAGUUUAG